CACAAGGCAGCAGGCAUUGGGCCCCCAGACGGAGCGGCGAGCACCGAGUCAUCUGGCAAGACAGCGGGCACUGAGUCAUCUGGCAAGAUCGCAGGCACUGAGUCAUCUGGCAAGACCGCGGGCACCGAGUCAUCUGGCAAGACCGCGGGCAUGAGUCAUCUGGCAAGACCGCGGGCCCCGAGUCAUCAGGCACGACAGCGAGCUUUGAGUCAACCGGCAUGACAGCGGGCUCCGAAUCAACUGGCACGACAGCGGGCACCGGGUCAUCAGGCACCGGGUCAUCUGGCUCGACAGCGGGCAUCGGGUCACCAGGUACGACAGCGGGCACCAGGUCAUCAGACAUUGGAUUGUCUUGCUCGACAGCGGGCACCGGGUCAUCUGGCUCAACAGCGGGCAUCGGGUCACCAGGCACGACAGCGGGCACU